ACAUAAAAAUAAUAUUCAACUUCGGUGUCAUUAAAUGUCUUUCUGAAUAUUAGGCUUUUCGUGAUGUGAAGUGAAGUUGUGACUUGUGAGCUGUGUAAUAUUUAUUGUUUCAACUUCUUCUUUUGGCAGUAAGUGUAAACAAAGAUAUUUCGUGCUUAUAUUAUAGAUGUAUUGUGUGCCAAAUUAAAGGUCUUCAAUGAACCCACCUUCUCUCACAGUCGGGUAAAAAGUGAAAUAAUGGUCAUAACUAAAUUCAUUAACUUCACAAUAUUGACGUAUUGAGAAAUUCCUAUAUCGAAGAAAAAGGUCUAAAGAAAAUGUUGAAGAAAGUGCAGUGCUGGGUCUUGCUUUUAGCUUCACUCAGUGAAAUAAAUGCGUUUAAAUAUCUGGUUGUGAGUCCAAUACCUACCAAAAGCCAUGCAAUUUUGGGUGAUGCACUGGUCGAGCAUAUAGCUAAUGCUGGACACGAGGUAACCUAUAUAACGUCGUAUGUACCAGAAAAUGUAUCACCUAAAGUAACCGUUGUAUAUACUGGUGAAAAUAUAAAGUGCUUUCCGUCAGAUGACAACUUCAAUGUUAAGACUUCUUUGGAUGGGACAUUGAAUAGCAAUUCUUUCUCAACGUACGCACCUAUGAUGAUGAACAUCAGCAGAGCAACAAUAUCAGACCCAAAAGUACAAACACUAAUGGCUGAUAGAAGUCAACAGUUUGACGCCGUCAUUGCAGAGUGGAUGUACAACGAAGUAUAUGCUGGGUUUGCGGGAGUUUUUAACUGCCCGUUAAUUUGGUUCUCAUCAGUGGAACCCCAUUGGAUGGUAUUGCAGUUAGUAGAUGAAAUUCCGAAUCCAGCGUAUUCGGCAGACUUCCUUUCCGUCGACAGCGUACCUCCCCUGACACUGAAACAGCGGGUCAUUGAAAUUUAUACACAGAUUACGGGCAGGCUUCUCCAAAUAUUUUGGCUCUCCAAACUUGAGCAAGAUCUAUACGAUGAAUUAUUCGUACCACAUAUUCGUCAUAGACAAAACUCUGUACCAUCUUUCGACACGCUAAGAUAUAAUGGUUCUUUGAUUUUAAGCAACUCACAUGUAUCUAUGGGCAUUCCCCUUAAGCUACCAGCUAAUGUAAUUCCUAUAGGAGGAUAUCAUAUCAAACCUAAUAUAAAACCAUUACCUAAGGACCUCCAAGAGUUAAUGGAUAAUGCCAAACACGGCGUGAUUUACUUUAGCAUGGGCUCACAUUUAAGAAGUAAAAAGUUCCCAGAUGAAGUCAAAGGAGAUUUGCUAAGAAUGUUUAGCAAACUUAAGCAAACAGUUAUAUGGAAAUUCGAAGAGGACUUGUCUAAUAGACCCAGUAACGUUCAUAUACUAAAAUGGGCACCUCAGCAAAGCAUUUUAGGACAUAAGAACUGUAUUUUAUUCAUCACACACGGAGGUCUACUCUCAACAACCGAGACGAUGCAUUAUGGAGUACCCACAAUUGGAAUACCAGUUUUCGCUGAUCAAUUUGUAAACGUAGCGAGAGCUGUUAAAAAGGGCUACGCGCAAAAAGUAGAUUUAUCUUAUUCGAUGGCUGAAAAUAUAGAAACAGCAAUUCAAGAAAUACUCGAUAAUCCAAAGUACACUACACGGGUAAAGGAGUUGUCUGAAAUCUACCACGACAGGCCCGUACCGGCGGCUAAAGAACUAGUGCACUGGGUAGAACAUGUUGUGAAGACGAAUGGGGCAACACAUUUGCGCUCUCCAGCAUUCAUGGUACCCUGGUACCAAAAGCUAUACUUAGAUGUUAUUUUGGUUUUGCUAGUCACUGUUUUAGUUUUUAAAUACGUAUUUAUAUACACAAAGAAAACUUUAUUCGAAAAAAGAAAAGAAAAAUUCAUAUUGGAGGUACUACACGUCAAACGUCGAGUAAACGUUAGCAACGGUUCAUAUAGUUACAAGAAACAUAAGUGGACAAGAAAACACUUAUUAACACAUUGUUCGAAUCCAGUGGCCCGUUGCAGCGAAAAAGUUUCUAAAAGAAGAAUUCUAUUAGAUAGCAGCAAGAAGAUAAUGUGGAAUCCGGUGCUGUUUUUACUGACAAUACUCACAACGGUUUCCUUUUCAAAUGCCUAUAGAAUUUUAGUUGUAGCACCUACUAACAGUAAAAGCCAUGCUAUUCUGAGUGAAGGAUUAGUCAAACAUUUGAUCGAAGCUGGCCAUGAGAUAACUUACAUACCCGCCAUUCCGCCAGAUAAACCUUUGCCAAGAGUCACUGUAAUCGAUGUUAGUGAUAUUGUUUCUCCCCACCCAGACGAAUUUUUAAACGUAAAAGAUUUUAUGGACAGAAAGUUUGAUCUUGAUGUGGCAACCGGUUUUAUUCCAUACAUUUUGGCGUUCAGUGAACAGCUUUUAGACCAUCCUAAUGUACAGAAAUUCAUGGCAGACAAAAGUCAACAAUUUGAUCUCGUUAUUGUUGAGUUUUUAUUUAAUACCAUACACGCCGGGUUUUCAGGGUUAUAUAACUGCCCACUGAUCUGGUUUUCGCCAACACACCCUAACUGGAUGGUAUUUGAACUAAUAGACGAGGCUACAAACCCUGCGUAUAGCGUGGGUAGACUAUCAUCGAACGUUCCACCGCUGAAUUUCAAAGAACGAGUAUUAGAGUUAGGCAACUUUAUCAUGGAGAAGCUGAUACAAAUAUUCUGGAUCUCAAAAUCUGAUAAGGAGUUGUACGAGAAAAAUUUCGUACCGCUGAUACGCGAGCGAAGAACUAGCGUGCCGUCUUUAGAGACCCUCGCUUAUAACGGAUCCCUAGUGUUCAGCAAUUACCACCAAUCCUUGAGCGUGGGCGUACGUGCUCCACCGAAUCACAUAUCAAUCGGAGGGUUUCAUAUAGACCAGAAUGUCAAGCCUUUAUCACAGGAUUUGCAAGAACUUAUGGACGACGCCACGGACGGUGUGAUUUACUUUAGUUUGGGUUCGAAUAUCAAAAGUAAGCAUUUUCCAAGCGAAGUGAAAAGAGACAUAUUGGAGAUGUUUGGUAAACUGAAGCAAACAGUUAUAUGGAAGUUUGAAGAGGAUUUACCUAACCGUCCCAGCAAUGUUCACAUUUUGAAGUGGGCACCACAGCAAAGUAUAUUAUCAUAUAAGAACUGCAUUAUAUUUAUCACCCAUGGAGGUCUUCUAUCAACCACAGAAUCAAUACAUUUCGGCGUACCUGUCAUAGGAGUACCAGCUUUUUAUGACCAGUUCUUAAACGUUGAAAGGGCCGUUAAAAUGGGCUACGGGAGGAAAGUGGAUCUAUCUUAUAAAAUUGCAACAGGUUUGGAUUUAGCGAUCCAAGAAGUACUUGACGAACCCAAGUAUACCGCUAAAGUACAUGAAUUAUCAGAAAUCUACCAUGACAGACCAGUUCCUCCAGGAAAAGAUGUAGUCUAUUGGGUAGAGCACGUCAUAAAAACGCGAGGAGCCCCGCAUUUACGCUCGCCUGCAUUUCUGACGCCCUGGUACCAAAAGUUAUAUCUAGAUUUUGCCUUAGUGCUGUUAAUCCUGGUUUUAGUGCUAAAAUUUGCGUUUCGACAUAAAUUUAAAAAAAACGACCUUUGUAACGAAAGAAAUCAAAAAUAA